CCACUCAUAAGCCAUUUCCUUCAAACCCCAUGGCGUCAAAACCAAGGCCAAAACUCUUAGACUACCUUCAAAUUUGUCUCUCUCCUGUCUAGCAACCCUGUUUCCAGCUACUUUCUCACUCUAAGACAAAACCCCACUUCCUCUGCCCAACAGUUGAGCAAUCUGUCUCUUCUUAUUCUUCACUUCAAUUCUUAUUAACUCCAAAGAAAAAAGAAAUCAAAUACUUUCGUCUGAUGCAAAUCCAUCUCUAUUCGACCCAGCCACCCAAAUUUUGGAAGCACUUUCUCUCUCUAAACUCUGGCUUUUACCUAAAAGGCCCCAUAUGCAUAAAAAGAAUGUCUCAUUUUGUCUCUCUAGACUUAAAUUGUUUGACAUGUUUUGUAAGAACUCGGAGCAUAGUUCUCUAAGCACAAUUGAUACUUUUGUCAUGAUGGUGGUGAUAUUAUCGUCUACUUUGUCUUACUUUUAGAGAGAGAGAGAGAGAGUUCCAUGAAGGACACCACCUUAUAAAAAGGGUGGAUAGUUGGUGUAGAGGCAGCAGUUGCAGGUGGUUUGAAGUGAGUGAAGAAGAAGCAAAUCGAGUCGGUUUCAAGAGAGAGAGAGAGGGAUUGGAUGGAGAUGGCUAUGAUGGUCAAGAGCGAGGAAAACCAUGAGAAGCGAUGCUUGGGGAUUACACAGGAGAAGAAGUGUGUAAAGAGAAGGAGAAGAGAGCACGCACCACUGACCCGAAGCGAUGACAAUGGUGAUAGCAUUAAGGAAAUUGACCAAUCUUCUUCGACUGCUGUUAAGAGGAGCUCUAGGUUCAGAGGAGUAAGCAGGCAUCGAUGGACUGGUCGCUUUGAAGCACACUUAUGGGACAAAGGCUCAUGGAAUGCAUCUCAAAAGAAAAAGGGAAAACAAGUCUACCUAGGAGCGUACGAUGAAGAGGAAUCGGCUGCAAGAGCCUAUGAUCUUGCUGCUCUCAAAUACUGGGGACCUACCACUUUCACAAAUUUUCCAGUAGUAGAUUAUGAGAAAGAAAUCCAAAUUAUGCAAAAUGUAACAAGAGAAGAGUAUCUAGCCUCACUAAGAAGAAAGAGCAGUGGUUUCUCUAGAGGAGUAUCCAAGUACAGAGGAGUUGCAAGGCACCAUCACAAUGGUAGAUGGGAGGCUAGAAUUGGAAGAGUGUUUGGAAACAAGUACCUUUAUCUUGGCACCUACAGCACUCAAGAGGAAGCCGCAGCAGCUUAUGACAUAGCAGCGAUUGAGUAUAGAGGAGUAAAUGCAGUGACCAACUUUGAUCUUAGCACUUAUAUUCGAUGGUUGAGGCCUGGAGGCCUGAACAAUAUGGCCAAUCUCAACCAACCUGAAAGAGUAGCUUCAAAGAUAGAUGAGAGCUCUAUUCCACCAACUCCUUUGUCGACCAUGAAUGAGUCUAUGGCUGAAGAUUUUAGACAAACAACUUGUCUAACGUGGCUUCCUGAUAUUCUCCACCAACCUCCUCUAUCUCCAAAUAGUCUUACCAUGACUUGUAGAAAAUCUUCUUCUUCCCCUACAGCUCUAAGCCUACUACUGCAAUCUUCAGUAUUUAGAGAAUUGGUUGAGAAAACAUCGAUAGCCUCAGCAAAUGAGGAAGCUGUGAGCACAGGUCCUACUGAAGACUGUAGGCAAAGACAACGUGGGAACUGCCCUGAUGUUGCUGCAUCUUCUAUAGCUAUUGGGGAUGAAUAUGGUGGGAUAUUUUAUGACUCAACUCAUGAUCUUGGUGACAUACCUUUCAUUUGCUCUUCAAAUGAUGAGGACUUGGUGGUGGAAGGAAGUGUUGAGUACUUUGAGAGGGCUGGAUCACAACAGUCGCUGUGGAGCAAUGUCUUGAACUCGACCAUUGAUGUCAAUAUGUGAAAAUUAAGAUGGUCAUUUUCCAUUGAUCCUUCGUGUGCAAUAUCAAGGAAAGUCCAAUGUCAUAACUGUUGUGUCAAAACACAAUGUACUAUACAUUUUUUUUUUUCUGGUUGAAAUUGUUAACUUGCGACCGUAUAAGUGUA